AUGCACGACGAGCAAGCGUUGCAAAACUUCGAAGCCGAAGACGAGACGCUGGUGAAAAUCGUGGUGCCAGACUGGGUAAGCAUUGCAAAAGUAGCGUUAUUGCAUACUAGUAGAAAUCGCAUGACAAAUUUUUCCAGAAGGAAAAACGGAAUUUGAGAUGCAGAUUCAGAUAAAAGACUAGAUCUGUAAUGCAGCAAGGCUACAAUUUAUACGAGCGCGAUACUUUUGCACAGCAUACUGGGUGCCGCACGCAUUUCUUUUGAACUUUGCUCUGGACAAGAUGCGAAAACUCGGAAAGAACUACUUUACACUGCUACAGGAGCAGCCAGCACCGGACGAGCAGGAGGUGCUGCAAGAAUAUUACACACUAGAGGAGCAUCCACGCAAUGAACAAAUAAAUGAGCAGGUAAUACAUCAACUAGCGGGUAGAAGUCCUCGUGAAGACAACUUAGCAAUCGACGAAGAAGUCAUCGAGAUAAUCGAAGACGACGAGGACUUUUACAACCACGACGACCCGGUGGCCGUCGAAACAGAUGACCACGGGAUCCACUUUGGCCGAGCGACCCGCAGCGUGGAUCAUUCUUGCGCCGGUUUAGACAGUUGUUUCGCAGGAGGACCACGAAGUGGAGGUGGAAUAUAUCAUGACACGCAUGACGAAAAAAUGUUGAAAGAGGACAGCACGACCACCGUUUGGGCAGGUGGUAAAGAACGCGACAGGCGGUGCCGACCCGUCCGAAGCAGGCGGUCCAGCUGGGCGUCAAGCGGGGAUGUAGUGCACCACGAGCCAAAUGACAGCACAGAGAACGAUCCGCAUCGUGAUGGUGCUGAGGGGAUGAACCAACAUGAUCCGCACAAAAAUACGUCGUAUCCGAAGCCGCGCCGCACAUCGAAGAGCAACACGCCACAGAAAACGAAAAGUGGCGGCAGGUGGGACCACGACCAGGAGUUGCGAAACUGCAGAGCAGCGGAAGUAAUAGAUUUUGGCAAGAAGCCCAAGCUCCCACGGUGUAGCAACGGAAAGAAGAACCGCUGGUUUGAUACUGAACGGCGGGAGGGCCGAGCUAACGGAACCGCAGGUUUGAAAAAUAGUAACCUCCCACCUCGAGGUGCUGAAAAUAUCAAGAACAGGCACCAAAUGUUGAACAGAAGGACCACCAGCCGCGACAUUUUCCUCUAUCUUUCCGCCCAGCAAGGCGCUUUUUACGUCCGGGAUCUGGAAAACUCCGCGGUGAAAUGUAUGACACCCUCAGAAUAGAAAUCCUCAAAGUGGAAAUGAUCUGUGAUGCAUGAAAUGCAAGGCAAAAAAGACUGUAUUGCAGAGGACACAAUGGAGACCGACUAUUGUCCUGCUAGGGGUUCAGAAUUGGGCUGCUGAUUAGCACGAGAGAAGGGCACCCUUUUGCCUACCUAGCAUGACAGACAUGCUUUGAGUGCCCGGAAAAUUUGUGAUGCGCCCACUAGAAAUGGCGCUUCAACUGGAGUUGUUUUUUUGCAUUGCAAAUUAUUUCCACUUUGAGGAUUUCCAACCUGAGGCUUUCAUAAAAUGCGCGGAAAUUUUUCAGCAGCUGCAGAAAACAGCGACGUCUAUUGCAGGAGGAGGAGCAUCAGCUACAACAACUUCUAGAUCAAGCUCAUCCAAGAUGAACACGAAAGGGAUGAAACAAGACGACGCGGCGACGGGAGCAGUUUCUGCUCAUGCACCAGUGUCGACUAUAACCACAACUGUAGGUGGAAGUCGCGGCUCUCCCAGUCCGCGCAACCUACUCAAGAACAAGAGUAAGCAGCUCAUCCUGAAAGAGUACGGAAAAAGAGACGAGUUCCGGAUCGCGAGCAGCAUCUUUCGAAAACAGUUUAUCCAACGAAGAAGAUUGUUGUAGGUGUAAGUUUGUGAUGCGCAAGAACAUGUACGAUGAUUGCGUCUGUCAUGCUCGUCAUGCAUUGUAGCGUUGCGUCAAUUCAGCUUCUGCGUUUAUUUCAGUUUCACGCGCUAUCCUCGCGUGACAGCUUGAGCUUUUUGCUGAUUCAUGCCAGACUGCCAGAUUUGUAAAAAUGCUGGCACACGACCAAUAAAAAAGUUACACCUACAGUCACAGUCUUUUUUUUUCUUGGAUACAGUUUCAAUUUCAAGAGCCUGAGAUAUGCUUUCUUCCGAGCUACAAGUUCAAGAUAUGGAUGUGUCAGGUUUGAAAUCGUCAAAGUUGAAAUUGUUUGCCAUGCAUAAAACGGAUACCAGUUAGACCUACAGUCUGUAGUCGGUGCAUGACAAAUAUUUCCGGUCCUGGAAACGAGUCUGUCAUGCGGCUUAGGGCAAAAGAGCUGCCUUCUGCCAUGCUACUCAGCAGUCCAACCCUUAACCCUUACCAGGGCUAUAAUCUGCCUCCCGUGCGUCCUCUGCAAUAGAGUUGCUUUCUGUGUCGCAUUUUAUGCAUGACAAAUCAUUUCAACUUUGACGAUUUCAAUCCUGACACCCCCAUACAAGAAAACCGAACAGUACAGCACCGAACGGGCGUAUGACACCCUCAGAAUGGAAAUCCUCAAAGUGGAAAUAAUUUGUGAUGCAUGAAAUGCGACACCAAAAAGACUGUAUUGCAGAGAGCGCAACGGAGGCCGACUAUUGUGCUUCUACGGGUUCAGAAUUGGUCUGCUGAUUAAGUAGCAUGAGAGAAGGGCGCCCCUUUGCCUAACUAGCACGACAGACACGUUUUGAGUGCCCGCGAAAUUUGUCACGCGCCGACUAUAAAUGGUGCUCCAACUGGAGUAGUUUUUUUGCAUUGCAAAUUAUUUUCAGUUUGCGGAUUUCCAACCUGAGGCUUUCAUAGGGCGCCGAGCUGGUGCGAUCGGGUGCUGUAUUACUGCAAGGGUGAUUUGAUUUCGCCAAAAAAUGAUUAUCGUGGAUUUUACAAAUACAAUCCCUUCCUGUACCGUGCGGUAGAAAACGCGGAGGUUUUGCAAAGCGACCAUCGGUAUCAACUGCAAAUAAUAUGCCUGGGUCUGGAAGAGUGGAACUUGUAAUGCUGUCUGCGGAUUCUAAAAAUGUCUGUGUUGCAUGAGCAGCAAGAGGAGUCAGCUCUUGGCACGCGAAGAGGGGACUUCUCAUGCGUAUUCGUAUAUGAGCAUCAAGAAGCAGCUGAAGCUCGUCUCAAAAAAUCUGUGAUGCUAGCACCAGCAUCACCGACCUCACGGGUCAUGCAAAGUGUGCAUGACAAGCCCCGACUCUUCCAGACCCAGACAUUUUUGCAAUGCAUAAUCGGGCGGUAAUUCAGUACGGAAAGCUUGAGCUAGUAGGUCGUCGUAUCAUGAUGGCGGCGGGGGAUGUCUACAAAACGGAUCAAAGUCCAUCUUCGCAGCAAGCAACAUCGGGAACCGGACCAAAUUGUGGCCACGUAGCUCAAAUAAAUCGUACUAGAAGCAACCACGUCGAGCGGCAAGUGGAGCAGCGGCGUGACUUUGACCACUGUGGUGCUGCCGUAAACGAGGACAAUUCUUGCCAUGGAAAACAACUUCUACAAACCGGUGAACUACGUCAAGGCAGCAGUAGUACUAUCUGCGAAAAUACCAGCGACAAGGACAAGGGCGGCACGAAGAUAAUUCCCGCAGUACUCGGAACUGCAAAGGCUGUUCUUGCUUCUACUUGUCCAGAACAACUACACGCUGGCCAAGAUGAGUCCGGUCCUCGGACGGGAACGCGUUUGCCAAAGUAUCCGAAGAACGUGCUUGGUAAUAAUGAUCCAGUACCGCCGAAGAUCCUCUCGAACAACAGCAACAACAAGCCGGAGUCAAGAAAUAUUAAACAUAACCUAGGCUGCUCUACUACUUCGGAGGUGGAACAAAUCGAACUAAGGAAUAGAAACCCGGAAAUAAAUCUACCCACGACAAGCACGACCACUGGUCGCCGCACAGAAAGCAGCGCGACUUUCUACAAGAGUCCGCUCAUUACCGUCUUGAAAUAAUUUAGAAAGACUGGCGUGGAUGAAGAAUGAAGAGUAUCGAUUCAUCGGAGAGUAGGAGAAGUUGUUGCACUGGACAUCUCUACACAUAUGCAGCGUCGUUUGCACCAAAUCUUGAUGUCGAGUUCGAGCAAGAAUACGAGGAAUGUUGUUCUACAACAAUUAUUUCCUCAUCUUUUUGUAAUAUUAUUGCAGCGAUUGCACAACGCGGCCUCCUCCCUAGAU